CACAUGGAAAAUAAACACAAUGUGACUGAGUUUGUCCUCUUGGGUCUCACACAGAACCCCAAAGUGCAGAAAGUUCUUUUUGUUGCCUUCUCUCUCAUCUACAUUGUGACAAUAGUGGGAAAUCUGCUUAUCGUAGUGACCAUCAAGGCUAGCCAGUCACUAGGUUCACCCAUGUAUUUCUUUCUGGCUUAUCUAUCAUUUAUAGAUACUGUGUAUUCUACUGUCAUCGCUCCCAAAAUGAUUGCAGACUUGCUCUAUGAGAAAAAGACCAUAUCCUUCCAAGCUUGUAUGACUCAAGUUUUUAUAGAACAUUUGUUUGCUGGUGCAGAGGUCAUCCUUCUUGUAGUGAUGGCCUAUGACCGAUAUGUAGCCAUCUGUAAACCUCUUCAUUACUUGAUAAUCAUGAAUCGGCGAGUAUGUUUUCUCAUGCUGCUGGUGGCCUGGACAGGAGGAUUUCUCCACUCGGUGGUUCAGUUUGUCUUUAUUUAUCAGCUUCCUUUCUGUGGUCCCAAUGUCAUUGAUAACUUUGUGUGUGAUGUGUACCCACUAAUGAAACUUGCAUGCACCAACACCUACCUCGUUUGGAUUUCUCUGAUAGCGGAUGGAGGGGCAGUUUGCAGUGUUAUCUUCUUCAUUCUCCUGGUUUCCUAUGGGGUUAUAUUACACUCUCUGAAAUCGCAUGGUUUGGAAGGGAGACGCAAAGCCUUCUAUACUUGUGCCUCCCAUAUUACUGUGGUCGUUCUGUUCUUUGUUCCCUGUAUCUUUCUUUAUGCAAGGCCCAAUUCUACCUUUCCCAUUGAUAAGUUUAUGACUGUUUUUUUCACUUUCAUAACUCCCAUGCUGAACCCAUUAAUCUACACCCUGAGAAAUGCAGAAAUGAAAACUGCUAUGAGGAAACUUUGGACUAAAAAUGUAUCUCUAAUUGGAAGAGGGCUGUAG